CUAUUUUGAAAGCUAACUGUCGUGCCAAUGGCGUUGUCGGUGUUUUCACACUAAUAUGACGAGAUUUUGCGUUUUAAUGAGAAUGUAGAGUUUCUCUAUCAACAGAAUUCUGAAAUAAAAGUGUUUUUUCUAUUCUACUUUUUGCCAAAAAAAAAUUGCAGCUUAGCAAAAGUUUCAGGCUAGCGACGCUAACUAAUUAGCCGAGGACUUAGCUGCUGUGCUGAAGGACUUAGCUAGCUAGAAUUGCCGUGUAACGUUAGAUAUUAAUAGCGGUUAUAAUGCUUUAUUCACUCCUAUUCCGAUUUGGCAAAGCUUCAUACUGUGCACAGAUAUUAAACCGUGUCAAUGCCCCGUGUCCUCUGUCAGCUUUGCAUCUGCAUAGCCCUGGUUUGACUCGGGUAAAGAAAUGUGCCAGGGCUCAGGGGGCUUGUGUGCACUAUUAUAGAGUUUUAAGUCAAAUGAGAAAUGUUCAUACUGGAGCUGAGUGCAGAAAUAAAGCUCAGGAUCAACACAGAGAGAAGGAGCUGUCAGCCUCCACCAGUCAGCCUUCUUCAGGCAUCUCUGCUGCACAGAAAGUGAAGCAGGCUGGCAGAGACUUCACAUAUCUGAUCGUGGUGCUUGUUGGACUUGGAGUUACAGGAGGACUCCUGUAUGUCAUCUUCCAAGAGCUGUUUUCAUCAUCAAGUCCAAGCAAAAUCUACGGCAAGGCUUUUAACAAAUGCAAGUCCCACCCAGAGGUAAUUGGAGCCUUUGGUGAGCCCAUUAAAGGCUACGGAGAGACCACACGCCGCGGACGGAGACAGCAAGUUAGUCAUGUUGAGUAUAUGAAGGACGGACAAAAGCACAUGAGGCUGAAAUUCUACAUUGAGGGUUCAGAGCCUGGACUGCGUGGCACCGUGCACUCAGAAUCACGAGAGAAUCCUGAAAGCGGAAAAUACGAAUUCCGUUACAUAUUUGUGGACGUGGACACGUAUCCCAGGAGGACCAUCGUCAUCGAGGACAACAGAUGAGAAUUUUCUGCAGGAUUUGUGAAAGUGCUUCACUUGCAGCAUUGCCAAAGCAGCUAAAAGAUUUUGUUUUUUUAAAUAAUGCUAAAAGAAUCAUAUAGUUUGUCAUUCAGAUUGCAGAAUUCAGCUGGUUUAGCUUUAUGGUGCUUCAGUGAUCUGAUCAUGAUCAGAUGAUUUGAGGUUUGCUGAUUCAAUUGCUCAUUCAAUUCAAUUAAAUGUAAGGAAGAAGCUGAAAUUUUGGGAAACAUAUAGAACACACUUUUGGAUAACAAAAAAAGGUAAUGUAUAGCACUUAUGACAUUUUGGAAAUAAAAUAAUGUGUGCAUAUGUCUUUAUGAAGUCUGACUUGCUGUUAACAGAACUUUGAUAGGAAAUAUUUCUUAAACCUCUGAAAAUCAGGAACUGUGAUCCAGCAGGGGGCAGUAUUGCACAAUCAUUUCAAUAUUCAAAGAUUCAAGUAGCUUUAUUGGGCUGGUAAAAGGCUUUAUGCUGCCAAAGCACUGGUAACCUUAAAUUACAGUCAUACACAUUUACAGAAGUUCAAUAAAGUAAGAGCAAUAAGAAGGGAAAAAAAUAUAGACAAUGAUUUGUUUUAUUACCCAAAUGUUACAUGUCAAACUGAGCAUGUUGUGCAUGUUCACAGUGUUGGUGUUAUUGUGUGGUUGAUGCUCCUGUUCCACUGCUUACACUUUUGUCGUGACUGGGUUUCACAAAGCUGGCAGCCAGGUUUGAGCUCGCUGAGGUUUCUCCUAGCAGGUGUGGGAGUUUGUUCUUGUCUGGCAUCAGACUGAAGGCUUUUUCAUGGGUUGUGAAGUGGAGAAAACAUGUUUCCUUAAUUUGUGAAUAAUUAGGGCAUGUUGUUAAAAAGUGCAGUGCACUAUGAAGUGCACUUCAUUUUGUGUGCAGUGGGGGCACAGCCUGUCUUCUUUUGGUAGCCAGGUCUGUCUGUGUCUGCCCGUCUCUAUGGCGAGGUUGUGAUCACUGAGUCUGGACAUGGUCAGGACUUUUCUUAGUUUGGGGUCGGACACCGUGCUCAGGUAUUCUGCCAGUUUAUAUUCUCUGUUUAGGGACAGGUAACAUUGGAAUUUACUUUGUUGAGCUGUUGCUUCUGUCCAGCAUUUUAGAUAUUUGUGUGUGUGUGUGUGUGUGUGUGUUUUAAUAAUUUGAUUUGGUCUGUCUUCGGUUUUGUUCUGGAGUUUGGCUGGACAUGUUUUGGAUUUCUCUGUUAUGAACAAUAAAGCUAUAAAUCGAUACAUUCA